AUUUCUACUCUAGAUAUUGCAGCCAAUCUUUUUUCUCCAUUAUUGGGAAACAAAACAAAGCUUCUGCCCCUUCAUUUUCUGAUCCUUUACUUCCUCUCCUUUGAGACCCAUCUCUCCAUUGAAAUGAAAACCAUUUAUCCAGGCCAAUCUCUCUCUGGUAACCAAACUAUCACCUCAAAAAAUGGAAGAUUUGAACUUGGUUUCUUUAAGCCAGGUAACUCCACAAAAUACUAUGUAGGCAUCUGGUACAAGAAACUCCCUGUUCAGACUGUGGUCUGGGUGGCUAAUAGAGAUAAGCCAGUCCUUGAUCCUUCCACUUCAAAACUUCAACUCUCUGAAAAGGGCAACCUUGUCCUCUACAACCAAUCUGAAAUCCCAGUUUGGUCAACCGAUCAAUCAUCGUUGAACUCCAUGAAUUCCACUGUUGCAUUACUUAAGAACAGUGGAAAUCUUGUUUUGAGAAAUAGUUCAAACCCUUCAGUAAUAUUAUGGCAAAGCUUUGAUCACCCUACUGAUACUUGGUUGUCUGGUGCCAAGCUUGGAAUAGAUAAGAUGACCAAGAGAAGGCAAGUCUACAUUGCAUGGAGCAAUUCAACUGAUCCUGCCCCUGGACCAUUUUCCCUGGGGCUAGACCUCAAUGGAACAAGCACGUAUCAUAUUCUUCAGAAUGGGAAAAGGCACUGGACUUGUGGGGUUUGGCUGGAAAGAAUUUCCUCUUUUAGUAAUGAUACCGUAGAUAACAAAUAUACCACUAUGAACUAUGUGUCAAAUGAGAAAGAAAACUUCUACAUUUACACAGUUACCAACUCUUCAAUUCUUGUAAGAUUUGUGAUGGAUAUAUCCGGGCAGCUGCAGCAACUCAUAUGGCAAGAUGAUUCUCAGGAAUGGAAAACAAUUUGGGCAAAACCAAAGGAUCAAUGUGAAAUCUAUGCAUUCUGUGGAUUAUAUGGAGCCUGCAAUCAGUUCAGUUUGCCUACAUGCAGAUGCUUGCCUGGAUUUGAACCUAAAAUUCCGGGAGAAUGGAGUACAGGUAACUACACACAUGGUUGUCUUAGAAGAACUCCAUUGCAGUGCGAAAAUGGUGAGGAAGAAGGCUUCCAAGUGAUUCAUAACAUUCGUAUACCAGCAAAUGAAGUGUUCUUGACAAAUAAUAAGGGCUUGGAAGAUUGUAAAUCGGCCUGCUUAAGAGACUGCUCUUGUACCGCAUACACCUAUGAUGGUAACUGCUCCAUAUGGCGAGAAGAUUUGUUGAACAUCCAAUACCUCUCAUAUGGUGACAAUCUGGGAAGAGAUCUACAUCUUCGGCUUCCAACGACAGAGCUGGAAGCUUUGAGAGGUAAGACAAAGGGAAGAAUUGAGUGGUUCAUUAUUAGUGCAGCUGCAGCAAUUCUAAUUUUGAUUGCCAUCUUGGGACUCCUUGUUCCAACAUGCAGGAGGACAAAUUUCUCUGACAUUAAACCAACAGAUGAUGUUUUGAUUCUCUUUAAGUUCAGUGAUUUAAAGAAUGCAACAAAGAAUUUUUCGGAAAAGUUAGGUGAAGGAAGCUUUGGUUCUGUUUUUAAAGGAAUACUUCCGAAUUCAUCUGCCAUAGCUGUAAAGAUUCUCAAAUGCCAAGACCAAGAAGACAAGCAGUUCCGCACUGAAGUGAGCACCAUUGGGACAAUCCAUCAUGUUAAUCUCGUUCGCCUUCUGGGGUUCUGCGUGACGGGCAUGAAGAGGCUUCUAGUAUAUGAUUACAUGCCAAAUGGUUCCUUGGACAGUCAUCUGUUUUAUCAGGAUUCAAAGAUCCUAGACUGGGAAAAAAGAUAUCAUAUUGCAGUGGGAGUGGCUCGAGGAUUAGCCUAUCUCCAUGAGAAGUGCAGAGAAUGUAUCAUACACUGUGAUAUCAAGCCUGAGAACAUUCUGCUUGAUGCUGACUAUAAUCCUUUGCUUUCAGACUUUGGCCUUGCAAAGCUGUUAGGCAGGGAUAUCAGCCGUGUGUUGACCACGAUGAAAGGAACCAGAGGGUACCUUGCACCUGAAAUGAUUUCAGGUGAGCCAAUCACUCCAAAAUCUGAUGUUUUCAGCUAUGGGAUGUUGCUUUUGGAGAUUAUAUCAGGAAGAAGAAACUGGGAGAUAAGAGAUGAUGGGACCGAAAAUUACUUCCCGGCUCGUGCUGCAAACUGCAUAAGCAAUGGAGGAGAUGUACUAAGUUUGAUAGAUUCCAAGUUGCAGGGAAAUGCAAAUUUAAAAGAAGUCAUCAGAGCUUGUAAAGUAGCAUGUUGGUGCAUUCAAGAUACAGAGCAAAAUAGGCCAUCCAUGGGGAACGUUGUUCAGAUCCUGGAGGGAGUGCAAGAGAUCAGUUUGCCACCAAUACCGUGGUUUAUCCAAACCAUCGCAAACUAUUCAAGAGAUGGGAUUUCUAAACAUUCUUUAACAAAUGAGAAGAAUGCAGUAGUUCAAACUGUUUAGCAGGUUAGAUGA